AUGGUGCAACAAGUUAUUGACCUUGUCGUCUUGCUAUUAAAGGUGCUGGUCGGCUGCAUCGUGGGAAGCAUCCGCGCCUUCCUUCCAAAUGGUAUCCUGCCCAGAAAGAAGGUUCAAGAUGACGUCGUACUCAUCACAGGCGCCGGAAGUGGACUCGGUCGGCUUCUGGCAGUUGAGUUUGGCAAGCUCGGCGCGCAACUGGUCCUUUGGGACAUCAACGAAUCUGGGAAUCUGGAGACCCAAAAGAUGCUGCAGAAGCAAAAUGUCAAGGUCCACGCGUACACGGUGGACCUUUCGGAUCGAAAAUCAGUCAACGCAACGUCAAAACAGACACUCGCUGAUGUUGGCCGCGUCGACAUCCUUAUCAACAAUGCCGGGAUCGUGACGGGGAAGAAGCUUUUCGACUGCCCCGAUGAGCUGAUGGAAAAGACGGUGGCCGUAAACUCAACAGCCCACUUCUUCACCGCCAAGAACUUUUUGCGAGGAAUGCUUGAUCGAGACCAUGGGCAUGUCGUGACACUGGCGUCUAUGGCCGGAAAGACUGGUGUCGCAGGAUUGGUUGACUAUUGCGCCUCGAAACAUGCGGCCGUUGGCUUCCACGAAUCGCUCACAUCCGAGAUCCGCCACCUGGGCAAGCAGGGCGUGCAGACGACGUGUGUCUGCCCCUUCUACAUUGACACUGGAAUGUUUGAUGGCGUUGUGUCAAAAUCACCAGUCCUGUUGCCAAUCCUACAGCCGGAAUACGUCGUCGAAUGCAUCAUGGAGGCCGUGCUCACCGGCCGCGAAUAUCUCAUCCUGCCCCGCUUCUGCUACUUUGCCGUCUUUGCCCACGGCGUUCUCCCCUCCAACGUUUUCUCCAUGAUCUCCAAAUAUUUUGGCAUCGACGCGGCUAUGGAUUCUUUCUUGCCUUCUGCCGCGUACGCCGCUGUGAUGGACUACUUCGGCGCCAACGAGACGAUGGACCACUUUGUCGGCCGGAACAAGCCGAAGUCCAAG